UUGCUGCGUCCACAGCCAUCCGGCAAGAUGGUCCCCUUGCUUUGUCUCCCCUGACCGGAGUUGUUUCUGUAUUCUGUGGCUAUUCUUGCUUCCGCACCAUCGAAAACCUGCAAAUUGGAUUGAACUGGGUCACCUGUACCUACAACUAAACGGCUGUCUGUCUGUCAAGGAAUGACGACAGUUAAAAGCAGGUAAAAUGAGUCUGGCUUCUUCUGAAUCACACCUUGACCAAAUGUCAGAAAAAACAGAGGAGCCUGGUAGCUCAACAGAAACUAUGAAGCCCUCCUCUUCUCGCAACAAGAGGAAGUCCGCCACUGUAGCUAAGCACACUGGACUGAAUGAAUCUGACACCUCAGGUGAGAGUGAAAAUGAAGGUGCCACCUCUGACAACCCUUCAGACAAUAACACAAGCAGCGCAUCUAAAGGUACUUUAGUGAUGAGGCCAGCUGGGAAUGAAAAUAAAGGCGCCAUGAAGCUCAGAGUGGAUUUUAAACAGAAACAUACAGAUGACACCCUGCAGAAGAAAGUGAACUGCACUGCCUGUGGAAAACAAGUAAACCAGUUUCAGCGCAACUCUGUGUACGAGCAUCCUGCGCUCAAAGUACUUAUUUGCAAGUCAUGCUACAAGUAUUACACAAGUGAUGACAUCAACAGAGACUCUGAUGGCAUGGAUGAGCAGUGCAGGUGGUGCGCUGAAGGUGGCAAGCUCAUCUGCUGUGACUACUGCAACAAUGCCUUCUGUAAAAAGUGUAUUCUGCGCAACCUGGGCAGGAAGGAGCUUUCAGUCAUUACUGAUGAGAACUCAAAGUGGCACUGCUAUGUCUGCAGAUCAGAGCCUCUCCAGGAUCUGGUCUCCAAAUGCCACCGCAUCAUGGAAAAACAAGAACUGCAAUUCAAGCAACGAAAAUUGGACAUAUGCUAUGAACGUGAGAGCAAGAUACACAAGAUCAAAGCUGUCAAAGAGCACAAAGUAGUUGUGAAUGGGAAAGAACAUACUGAAGGCUCAGGGACCAUGACAUUCUCAUACAGAAAACUGCAGGUACCAAAAGAACUUAUAAAGAAAACAAAAAAGCUUGUUGAAACAACUACUGGUCUCAACAAUACAUUCAUUCAGUUCAUACAGCAGACAGCUGAGGAGCAGGGAGAUAGGGCUGUCAGGUAUCGGCAUUUGAAAGCCUUCAAGGCCGUGCUUGCUGAUCUGAAAAAAGCCCACAGUGCAUUGGAGGAGGCUUUGGAGCCUGAAUUCAGAAACAUGGAGUUGCAGAAUGGAAACGAAGUGCAACAUAUUAUAAGAAAGAGCACUAAUGUUGUCGCCCCUGUAGAAAACGACCAUUUGGAUAAUGUUGUGGAUGCAGUUGAGAAGGCUGAAGUGGCAGAGGAGGCUGAUGCUGAAGAGGAGCAUUUCACAGAAGAGGAUGAUGACAUAGCAGUGGAGGCUGAUGCAGCUGAGGAGGCUGACAUAGCAGUGGAGGCUGAUGCAGCCGAGGAGGCUGACAUGGCAUUGGAGGCUGAUGCAUCCGAGGAGGCUGAUGUAGCCUUUGAGGCUGACGCAGCAGAGGAGGCUGACGUUGCAGAGGAGAACGACAAGGACCAGCAUAAUGAACAGGACAAGGACAAUGAUCAAGUGUCAGCUGAGACUAAAAUGAGAGACAGCCAAACAGAAACUGAUGUAACCAAAAAGACAAUUAAAACUGAAGUAUGUGAUGAUGAGCUAGUGUCAGCUGGGGAAAUGUCCCUAGAUCAUGACAUUAUGUCUGUGCCUCCCUCUGUUCCCGAAGAGCUUUUUCAAAUGGUGGAGAGUCUUGCCGAUUCCACCAUGCUCUCACAGACUGACACUGAUUUGGUCACAGAUGCUGAUUUAAAGUCAAAUGGAAACUCAACAGACUCUCAGCCCACCCAGCCCAAGGUGAAGAACCUCAUUGUCAAACUGACUCCUGUGCCUGUUGUGACGACGCGUGGGUCAAGGUCCUCCAGGUCAAAAAACAAAGAAAAAGAUGGAGAUGUGCAAAAAAAGCAUGAAGAAAAAAAUGAGAAGGAAAAGGAUGAUGCUGCUGAUGCUGUAGAUGGGACAGACAGUCCUCCACCAGGCCGUCGCUCUAGUAGACUGAAGACCACUCCUCUGAGGAAGCAGGCUGACAAUAAGGAUGAGUCCUCUGAGUCAGAAUCUGAGAAGGAUGGUAAGUCUUCAAAGAAAUCCAGUAACAACAAGAAAGAGGAUAGGGAGGAGACCAAGGAUUCAGAGAAAAAGAUGAUGGAUUCUGACUCAGAUGAAAUUCCUAACAUACUGUUGGAGAAAGCUGCAGCGGGCCACAGCACAGAUGAGGAACAGGGAAGCACAAGUGCUAAAAAGUGUUUAUUCAAACUAAACAAUACAUCUACUAAAGACAAAGCGUCCAAACGCAAGAGGAAGCCCGAAAGCUCUGAUUCAGAUUUUGAAAGCAAAAGUAAAAAGACGUCCAAGAAGAAAAAACAGAAUGGCUCAGACUCCUCUGACUCUGACUCUGACCAGGAGAAGGAGAAAAAGAGUAAAGUGGCCACAUCAAAGAGGAGGUCUAGUCGAGUGAAGAAACAAGAUGAAGCAAAAGAGGAAGACAAAAACUCUCAUGAGAGGAAAGGAGCCAAGACGAGAAGGUCUUAUGAAAAGAAGCGCAGGGGAAGUAACUCCAAAGCAGCCUCCAACCUGCAGUCGUCCUCCAGUGAGGAUGAGGAGGAGCAGGCUGAAGAUGACUCGGGAGAGGACAGUGACGAACAAAAGAUCAAACGUAUUGUGGAGGAUAACGUGGUGGGAAGUAGUGGACCUUUUCAUCAAUCCUCAGGAGAUGAAGAGGAUGAUAAAGAGAAAGUCUCUCAGAUUUGUGAAGAUGAUGACGAUGAUGAUCCUGAAAACAGGAUUGCAAAGAAAAUGCUUCUUGCCCAAAUAAAAUCCAACUACUCUUCUGGAGCAGAGAGCUCCUCUGAUAAUGAAGGCGCAGGAAAGGAUGAAAAGUCCUCCAAGAAAGUUAAAAAAGAGGAUGAAGAUGAAGAAGAGCAGCAAGAUGAGGAUUCAGAUGACUCAAGCGGCUCUGACAUUGAAGUGAAGAAGCGCAGCAGACGCCACAAAUUGCUCCGUCAUAAACUCUCUCUGAGUGAAGGAGAAUCAGGGGAGGAGAAAACUUCUAGUAAAAAGAAUAACAAGGGGGGCAAGAAGAAGAAAGUAGACAGCGAUGACUCUUCAGACUCAGAUUUUGAGAAGUCAGAGACCAGUGCAGAGUCGGGGAUAAGCGAGGAACUUAGUGAAUCGGAGAAUGAGGGGAAGCGUCGAAAGACUAGAUCAUCGAAGAAGAAGGACGAUGAGAAACAGAGAAGUUAUAAUCAGAAGAAGAAGCGACGCAGGAUCAAAGUUCAGGAUUCCUCAUCCAGCAAUGAGAAGAGCGGAGAGGAAGGUGAUGAAGACGGAGAUGAAGACGGACGCAAAGGACGCAAAAAGAUCCGCAAAAUCCUGAAGGACGACAAGCUGCGGACAGAGACGAGAGAUGCUCUGAAAGAAGAAGAGGAGAGGAGGAAACGUAUAGCUGAGAGAGAGGCACUGAGGAAGAAACUGCGAGAGGUGAUUGUGGUGGAAGAGUCUUCCCAGGUAACCUGUCCUAUCACCACCAAGCUGGUGCUGGAUGAAGAUGAAGAGACCAAGGAGCCACUGGUACAGGUGCACAGGAACCUUGUCACAAAGCUCAAACCUCACCAGGUGGACGGGGUGCAGUUCAUGUGGGACUGCUGCUGUGAAUCUGUGAGGAAGAUCGAGAAGUCUGCUGGCUCCGGCUGCAUCCUUGCCCACUGUAUGGGUCUGGGGAAAACUCUGCAGGUGGUGACAUUACUCCACACUUUGCUCCUUUGUGAGAAGCUCGACUUCUCCACAGCGCUGGUGGUUUGUCCCCUGAACACUGUCCUUAAUUGGCUCAACGAGUUUGAGAAGUGGCAAGAAGGAAUGAAGGAUGAUGAGAGUUUAGAGGUGACUGAGCUGGCCACAGUAAAAAGACCCCAGGAGCGAUCAUACGCUCUUCAGAGAUGGCAUGACAUGGGUGGUGUAAUGAUCAUCGGCUACGAGAUGUACCGAAACCUGACACAGGGCAGGAACAUCAAGAGCAAAAAGCUCAAAGAGAUCUUUCAGAGGACACUGGUAGAUCCAGGUCCAGACCUGGUAAUCUGUGAUGAAGGUCACAUCCUGAAGAACGAGGCCUCUGCUGUGUCCAAAGCAAUGAACUCUAUCAGGACAAGGAGGAGGAUUGUGCUGACUGGAACGCCUCUGCAAAACAACCUUGUUGAAUACCACUGCAUGGUGAACUUCAUCAAGGAGAACCUUCUUGGGUCAAUUAAGGAGUUCAGGAACCGCUUCAUUAACCCCAUUCAGAAUGGUCAGUGUGCUGAUUCCACAUUUCAAGAUGUCCGGAUCAUGAAGAAGAGGGCUCACAUCCUCUACGAGAUGCUGGCUGGCUGUGUCCAGAGGAAAGAUUACACAGCACUCACCAAGUUCCUGCCUCCCAAACAUGAGUAUGUGUUGUCGGUCAGAGUGACUCCCAUCCAGUGUAAACUCUACAGAUACUACCUGGAGCACUUCACAGGUGUGGGGAAUGCUAUGGAGGGGGGCCGGGGCCGCGCAGGGACCAAACUCUUCCAGGAUUUCCAGAUGCUCAGCAGAAUCUGGACCCAUCCCUGGUGCCUUCAGCUGGACUACAUCAGCAAAGAAAACAGGGGUUUCUUUGAUGAGGACAGCAUGGACGAGUUCAUCGCUUCAGAAACAGAAGAAUCCUCCAUGAGUAUGACCUCUGAGGAUGAGAGGGCGAAAAAGAAAAAGAAGCAAGGGAAGGGAAAAAAGAGAGGAUCUGAUGACUCGGACAGUGACGAUGUGGAGGUCAUCAAGGAGUGGAACACCAGCUCUCGGGGCAGAAAUGGAGAGGGUCGGAACAGACCAGAGCCUGUAGAAGAACCUCGGGCCGCCAGCUCAGCACCAGGGAGUCCCAGUGCUGACUGGUACAAGGAGUUUGUCACUGAGGCUGACGCUGAGGUCCUGGAGCACUCUGGAAAAAUGGUUCUCCUCUUUGAGAUCCUGCGCAUGGCAGAGGAAGUAGAUGAAAAAGUGUUGGUGUUCAGUCAGUCUCUCAUCUCUCUUGAUCUGAUCGAGGAUUUCCUGGAGUUGUCCUGCAGAGCUAAAGAUGAAGAAAAAAUCUCACCAUACAAAGGUAGAUUUCUUUAGUGCAGUCUUACAGGG